AACUUUUAAAAUGUAUCAGGUGGUUAGAAAACUUGUGUUUACCGAUUCACAUUGCUGGGAUGCCGACAGUAAGAGGUCUUACCAGGAUCUGUUCGAGAAGCUGGACACCAACAAAGAUGGGAAAGUGGACGUUGCUGAGCUGCGAGCGGGCCUUACAGCGAUGGGAAUAUCGUAUCGGCAAGGUGCAGCACAGAAAAUUGUGUCAUCCGGGGACAAAGAUAAGGACGGUGGACUUGACUUCAAAGAGUUCUCCAGAUACCUGAAAGAACAUGAGAAGAAACUACGUCUCACGUUCAAGAGUCUUGACAAAAACAAUGAUGGCCGUAUUGAUUCCAUGGAGAUCCAGCAGUCACUCGCGGAGCUGGGGGUGGACAUAUCCAAAGAGGAUGCCCAGAAGAUUCUCCAAAGCAUCGAUGUGGACGGCACCAUGACGGUGGACUGGAAUGAGUGGCGGGAGCAUUUCCUCUUCAACCCGGCCACCAACAUCCAGGAGAUCAUCCGCUACUGGAAGCACUCCUCAGUUCUGGACAUUGGGGACAGCCUAGCCAUUCCUGAUGAGUUCACAGAAGAGGAGAAGACCACCGACUUCUGGUGGAAGCAGCUGAUUGCGGGCGCCACGGCAGGGGCAGUCUCUCGCACAGGCACUGCCCCUCUGGACAGGAUGAAAGUUUUCAUGCAGGUCCAUGCCUCUAAGUCCAACAAGAUCAGCUUGGUCGGGGGGUUCAAGCAGAUGGUGAUGGAGGGAGGGGUGACAUCACUGUGGCGGGGGAAUGGGGUCAAUGUCCUGAAGAUUGCACCUGAGACGGCUGUAAAGUUCAUGGCUUAUGAGCAGUAUAAGAAGUACCUGUCUUCUGAGGGGGAAGAGGUCCGGACUCAUCAGAGGUUUAUAGCAGGGUCCCUGGCAGGGGCGACAGCGCAGACGACCAUCUACCCAAUGGAGGUAAUGAAGACCAGGCUCACCCUGCGGAAGACGGGCCAGUACUCGGGAAUGCUGGACUGCGCCAAGAAGAUCCUUCAGAAGGAGGGGGUCAAGGCCUUCUACAAAGGCUAUGUGCCCAACAUCCUGGGCAUCAUCCCCUAUGCAGGCAUUGACCUGGCCGUGUAUGAGAGCCUGAAGAAUGCCUGGCUGUCGCGGUAUGCCAAAGACACCGCCAACCCGGGGAUUUUGGUACUGCUUGGCUGUGGGACGAUAUCAAGCACCUGCGGCCAGCUGGCCAGCUACCCCCUCGCGCUGGUCAGGACACGCAUGCAGGCCCAAGCAUCUGUGGAAGGGUCGGAGCAGCUGUCCAUGAGCCGACUGGUGAAGAAGAUCAUAGCCAAAGAGGGCUUUUUCGGACUCUACCGGGGCAUCCUCCCCAACUUUAUGAAAGUGAUCCCUGCUGUCAGCAUCAGCUACGUGGUUUACGAGUACACCAAAACAGGACUUGGCAUCUCCAAGUAGGACGAGGGGCCCUUCUGCCAGCCCCUUUUCCCCCAACCCCGUUUUAGAAAGCAGAAAAGGACUCAACAUCACGGACCAAAAAAUCCAGCCGUCUGUCCUGGAGCCUUCAACGGUGAAGGUCAGCACAUUCACUUGAGACACUCUCGACAGCCGAGACAUAAUUUUGUUUAAGGAAUCAACUCUGACCAAAGUCAGUCACGUUUGUUGAGCAUGUUGGCUUUGUUAUCACAGCAAUACAAAAGAAAUGUGGCAUUCCCAAACAGGUUUUGCACACUUUUUAUUUUGUUCCAUUUGAACUGUCAGAUCAGUAGAGGAUGUGCCUUAAGUUAUUUUGUUCUUGUGUUGUGGCUAAGUAUGCCACCCUCCAAGACUUGUUAUAAAGCUGGCAAUAUGUUUACAGUCAAAAUGUAUUUUUUAAUGCAGUAUCGUUUGGAUAUCCCGUGUGACUGUUUUGGUUGAGUUUGCAUGCUUGUGGCUGAAAUUUUAAUAUUUUGCAUUUGACUACACUGGGUGGCACUUCACUCUAUUUGCACAAGGAUCCAGUAAGCCUGAAUGAGUAUUUGUUCUUUAUCAUAAGGCCUCUAUUCAGUCUGAAAGCAAUGGUCUAUGUCCUUAAGUUUCAGAAAUACAUUUAAGCAAGCCUUAAGCUUUUUUAAUGUUGUGCAACUUCUCUUGUGAAUGUCAGAAUUAAUGACUGCAGUGUGGGAAGCAGUGCGGGCUAGUGGUUAAGUAGAUUUGAUUCCCUGG